AUGGGGGCGAAUACUUCGAAUACACUUGAUCAGUCCGAGGUUGAGGAAAUUGCACAAGAAACUGGAUUUUCUCCAAAACAAAUUUAUCGAUUGUACAAUAGAUAUUUGGCUUUGGACAAAACGAACGCCGGGUACUUGAGGCGUCAUGAUUUUCUAUUAAUUCCAGAAUUAGCCAUUAAUCCACUUGGCGAUCGAAUCGUGAAUGAAUUUUUUAAAGAUAGUCAAGGUGAAUUAAAUUUUCGUCAAUUUGUACGUAAACUAGCAAGAUUUCGUAAAGUUCGACCACAACAAUCUACUCAAUUUAAUAAUCGUGAUGCAAAAUUACGCUUUCUAUUCGGUAUGUAUGAUUUAGAUAUGGAUGGUAAAAUAUCAAGAAAUGAAUUAUUGGGAAUGUUACAAAUGAUGGUCGGUGCUAAUAUUACUGUUGAACAGAUCAAUAAUAUCGGUGAACGAACAAUGGCUGAAGCGGAUCUUGAUGGUGAUUGCUAUAUAUCGUAUGCGGAAUUUGUACAAGCAUUUGAUAAUGUGGAUAUUGAACAAAAGAUGAGUAUACGCUUUUUGGAAUGA